UUGUUGGUCUGCCUCUCCAUGCCAGGUGUUGCUCCAGGCAGUAGGACGCAGCCGUGAGGAAGACAGACAGGCCUCCUGGCUGGCACACAUGCCCAGCUGCAGCUCAUCAUGUCUUUUGGCUUCAGCGCGGUUAGAGCUGGGGUUGCGUUGGUUUUGAUGUGCAGUCUUUAUGAGUCAACUGAAGACUCUCUCCCCGAACUGAGCCCUCAGCAGUAUUUCAGCACCCUGCAGCCGGGAAAAGCCUCACUAGCUUAUUUUUGUCAGGUUGGUUAUCUAAGUAAUUCUGUGUUUCUCGAAGAACUAGAAGAAGCCAUUAGACCUCUCCAGGACUAUGGGGUUUCAGUUGCAAAGGUUAAUUGUGUCAAAGGAGAAGCAUCAAGAUACUGUGGGAAAGAAGAGGGUUUGAUGAAAGCGUAUUUAUUCAGAGGCAACAUACUGCUCAGAGAAUUCCCCACGGACACCCUGUUUGAUGUGGACGCCAUUGUUGCACACGCUCUCUUUGCUCUGCUUUUUAACGAAGUGAAAUACGUCACCACCCUGGAAGACCUUUACAGCAUAGAAAAUUCUCUGAAAGGAAAGGCGAAUAUGAUAUUCUCGUAUGUGGAAGCCAUUGGAACACCAGAGCACAGAGCAGUCAUGGAGGCCGCUUUUGUAUAUGGGACCUCAUAUCAGUUUGCCUUAACUACAGAAGCUGCCCUUCUAGAAAAUAUGGGCCCUGACGGUACAGGACGUGCACACCUCUACUUUUUUCACUGUAAACUGGUCUUGGAGUUGACAGAGAACUGUAGAAAAACACUAAUGGAACAAGCUCUGACUACCCUGAAUAUUCACAAGUUUAUUAAGACAAUGCAAGCACCUCUACUGACGGAAGUAGCUGAGGACCCGCAGCGCGUUUCAGCCGUUCAUCUACAGCUAGGAUUACCACUGGUUUUUAUUAUCAGCCGACGCGCCACCUACGAAGCCGAUAGAAGAACCGCAGAGUGGCUGGCAUGGCGCCUUCUGGGAGAAGCAGGAAUUCUGCUCUUACUGAGGGACUCUGUGGAUGUGAACAUUCCUCAGCAUGCCAAUGUAGCCUUCAGAAGAGCGGAGAAGGAAGCGCCUGUGGAAUACGUGGUGUUAAAUGAUGUUGAUUUAAUAGUUUCCCAUGUGAAAAAUAAUAUGUACACUGAACAGAUACAGGAAGAUGAAGACGGAGAUGUGGAAGACCCAGAUCUGGAAGUCCAAGAUGAUGAAGUGGCAGGAACUGUUUACAGAGAUAGGAAGAGACCGUUGCCUCUGGAGUUGACAGUGGAGUUAACAGAGGAGACAUUUAACGCAACAGUCACGACCUCUGACAGCAUAGUGCUCUUCUAUGCUGUGUGGCAUGCGGUGUCCAUGGCGUUCCUGCAGUCUUAUAUUGAUGUGGCAGUUAAGUUGAAAGGCACAUCCACUAUCCUCCUUGCUAGAAUAAAUUGUGCAGAUUGGCCUAAUGUAUGUGCAAAGCAAAAUGUCACUGCGUUUCCCGUGGUGAAACUGUACAAGGAAGGUGAGAGCCCAGUGCCGUACGCUGGGAUGCUGGGAACGAAGGAUCUUCUCAGGUUUAUCCAGACAAACAGGAUCUCCUGUCCAGUGAACAUAGCAUCCAUCCAAGAAGCAGAAAAGUACUUACGUGGGGAGUUAUAUAAAGACCUGUUCAGCUCUGCUAGUGUGUCAGUCCUGGGGCUCUUCAGUCCAGCCAUGACAUCAGCCAAAGAACACUUCAGGGAAGCGGGAAGGAAGCUGAGAGGCUCAGUCAUCACGGGAGUUUAUUCUGAAGAUGACGUUUGGAUACUGUCAAAUAAAUAUGCUACAACUCUCCCAGCCCUGCUGCUGGCCAGGCCCAAAGAAGGUAGAAUAGAGAGUAUCCCACUAGACGCCACCCUGGUGCAAGACAUAGCUCAGGUGCUAGCAAAUGCACCACUGGAAGCGUUUCCAGAAAUCACUGUGGAAAAUCUUCCCGUGUAUUUAAGACUUCAGAGACCAUUGCUUAUCUUGUUCAGUGAUGGCAGCCUAAACCCUCAGUAUAGGAACACAGCCCUGGCGCUGGUGAGGCAGAAGCUGCUGGACUCCUUUACCCCUUGCUGGUUAAAUCUAAAGAACACUCCCGUGGGGAGGGGAGUCUUGAAGGCGUACUUUGGCUCUCUGCCGCCACUUCCACAGCUGCUGUUGGUGAACCUGCAUUCAGGUGGCCAAAUAUAUGCGUUUCCUUCAGCCCAGUCUGUGACGGAACAAAGCCUUGUCUUGUGGCUUCAAAAACUAGAAGCGGGACUAGAAAAUCCCAUCACCGUCUUACCUGCUCAGGAGUGGAAACCUCCUCUUCCAGCCUUUGACUUCCUAAGUAUGAUGGAUGCUUCUAUGUCUGAAACUCCCGCAAAGAAAGUUCUGGAGUGUCAGAAAGAGACAGAGGUGCAGGAGAGUGCUGAGCGGCGGCUGGGAGACAAACCAACAAGCAGGAGAGAGCCGGUUGAGACGCUCAGAAUAAAGCGCUGGAGCAAGAGUAACUGGCCCAGAGAAGCCGAGGAGCCUUCUCUUCGCGGUGACAGGGAGCUGUGA